CAAUCGAACAAGCAUGACAUUAAUUGUAGAACAAAACAAUUGUAACAGUCAGAAGCAGCACUUAAGGUGAUUAGGUUUUCAAUCCUCUUAUGAUGAGACCCGCGUGCUCCGCUCUUCAUUGGAAGCCCCGGCGUAUCCGGAUACGAGCGUCACUCAAUCAGCAUCGAGCGCGACACGCAGCCGCUUUUAGGAAAUGCCCAGAGACCCGUACUGCCCGACGCACUUUGAUGUGUUGUAGUGAACCUGCUGAACACCCUGCGAGGCUGCGAACUGUUUUGCGCACAGACGCCGAUACUUGACGGGCGAUGUAACUUUUACCCUCGUCGAAUAAAUAUGCAAGAGACCAAACCGGAUUGCUUCUUCCAGCGAAAUUCCAAGGGCAUGUCUUCGGCUGUCACUCGAUCGGGAUUUGUGGUCUUUUGCGUGAUUUUAGUCCUGACGCUUGCCCUAUACCCUGUGCUGAAGACCCUGGGUGUUCAUAUUCAUUCUGCCAUCACAGGAGGCUUUGUGGCCGGAUAUCAUUCUGUGCUGCUUCUCAACUGUCCUACUGAACAAACUGCUAGAGAUAUUGGCAGGAGCAUCAUGGAGAAAAGGCUGGCAGCAUGUGUGAAUAUAUUUCCUCGCACUACCACUAUGUACUACUGGAAAGGAGAUAUUCGGGAUGCCACAGAAAUUCUUCUGCUUGUGAGGACAAGAACAUCUCUGGUCCAGAGACUUGUGGCUUACCUAAAAGCUGUGCAUCCAUAUGACAUUCCAGAAAUCAUCAGUUUUCCUAUUGAUGAUGGAAGCCAGCACUACCUGAAGUGGAUGGAUGAUGCAGUCACUGAUAUUUGAUACAUUUCACUGUCUGCAGUCCAAUGAAGAAGCUCCCUGUUGGAAACUCUGCAUGUAGAAAGAUAUGUGGAAGCGUGAGAACAAAUUCUCAGGUUAAUCGGAACCCUGGCCCAUACACUCUAAAAAAUGCUGGGUUGUUUUAACCCAAU